AUGUCCUGGAUUCCAAAUAUCCGCGUUCAGCGAUUUUUUCAGCAACUGCUUGUCAACUUCAGGCGAAUUGUAUCAAAUGUUCGUCAUUUUGGCGGGGCCCUCUUUCAAUGGCUUUUUUGUGGGCGUUGGAACAACCGAGAGACUCAGUUGGAACGCGGUCUUAAUCAAGGUAAACUGAAAGGAAACGAACUUUACUGGGCAAAGCGGAAAAGUUGUGUAUCAGUAGGAAGAUGCAAUGUGAAAUUGAACACAUCAAAACACAAAUAUAUUGUUGCUACUGAUAGGCAAGAACCAGUCGAACCACUUUCUUGCGUUGUGUAGAAAGUCCUUUUUUACAAACCACGUCUAUAACAAAUUACAUGAAUAAUUGUAACCUAUAAUGUUGUUCAUUUUCAUUAGCUAUUAAUCAUCACAACAAUGAAGCUCAGGUAAGGCGUUCAAGUCUGCACCGUGAAGAAGGCAAGAAUAUAAAAGAACCUGUGGAGAAUGAUGAGGGUAAGGUGAUAAAAUUUAAACAACUAAGAUAGAUUCCGAUUUAAGAAUACUGACCUUCUACUGAAAUAAAAGCCCUAAAAGAUGGUUCCUUCAUAAACCAUGCAACUUACAAUACAUGACUAUGUCUUAUGUCCGGACGGAAAUCGAUCUAAUCAUGUUUGAGCCGGUUUGGAGAUCUAUGGAAGGCAAACAUCCAAGUGAACGAAAACAGGCUAGGAUUUCAGCUGAUUUUGAGCCAUUGUAAGUUCAUCGCUCACAAAUGUUUUUGUGCAUGUUUCAUAGAGUCGAAAUAGAAAUGAAUUUUUUGUUGCUUCGGUCCAUAAUUCGCAGAAUUUUCUCCCUUUCCGCUAUGGCCUCUUUGCGAACUACCUUCGAAACAGCCUUUCUUUUAACAACUGAUCUUACUCCUUCUACUCUAGCGUUUUGGCGCGGAACUGAACUAUCUUUUGCAUAGGCCCUUCUAAUUUAUCACUGAAUCAUGCUCGAAGUGAAUGCUGUGCGGCUUAUUGAACCCCUUUCCAUAUUUCGGGUACGUUUUUUAUAUAAAAAAACUUUUUCCUUUUUUCUUGAGCAAGAGCACUGUCAUGGAAUUGUCUAUCCCCCGCAGAACUCGACCUCUCUUCGAUGAGGUUGUCGGUCUUGGAGGCCUGCAAAUAAAAGCAAACUUGUUUAAUUUCAUCUGGGGUCGAAUGCUGAGGUUCAGAAAGGACGUCGAGCAAAAACAUUGUUUAAUCUGGGUCAGUGAGAUUGCCUUUUAAACGUACUUCUGAAGAUUUUAUAUCAGUAAAUGUUCACAUUUAAACAACCCGAGACGUUGAUUCUUGCGGAGUUCUUUCUUAAACGAUCGACAUCUUUGUCAUUCCCUUUUUAGUAAACAUAAGUAGAACCUGUAUUGCUCCUAGAAACUCACCUCACCAAUGUCCGCAAAGAGGGUCGGUUUUACUGAAGAUAUGGAAAGAAAUAUUAGGGAUUUCUGACUCAUUAGAUUUGUGUCAGCUUGAUAUUUUACCCUUGUUUGUUAAUACACACCUAGUGAUCUUGGUGUUUAAAGAAAUCUGAUUGGUGUUUUCCAAUUUUUGUAUUCAAAACAGUGUUUUCCCAUUUUCUUUGAGAUGAUUUUUUUUUGCUCGAUGGAAUUAUGUGUACAACUAAUUUUCAUUAAGGUGAUGUUACACGAGACGAUUCGCAACAAGGAUUUUUGGUGCAACAAAGCGUUGCAAAUUUGUUGCGUCAUUUUUUGAAUAGUGACAACCUCGUUCCUAUAUUGGAACGCUGUGUUGCACUAA